AUAACACAGUAGUCAUCUAAUUACAUUAUAAUUCAAUUAACGUAAUAACUUAUUAAACGUUAUAUUAUAUAUUAAAUUGUUUAUAAUAAUAUUAAAUAUUUAUAACAAAAAUUACGAAACUCUAAAAAAAAAUUAAAAAAAUAAUAAAAUGUAUUUCAAACAAAUUUUUGUAGAUUUUAAAUUAUAUAUGAAUCCAAAAACGCAUUAUACUACGCCAUAAAGAAUAAUUCAAAUUAAAAGAAAAAUAUCACCACCACAACAGGUUUUAUAUAAUAUUUAUUGAACUGCCAUGUCCAUACUUACAUUCUCGCGUGUAAAAAUUUUAUUCGGAAUGGGUUUAGUCUGCUUACUGGUGCAGUGUUUAUAUUUUGUCAACUACUACAAUCUAAUAACUACUAUACAACGAUAUGUUCCAUCAACCAAACCUGAGCCAAAACCUCAUGAAAAAUUUUCCGAUAUUCAGACUAUGGGAAAUAAACAACAAACUGAUGUUGAUAAUAAAAAUCAAACCAAUAUAUUGAAAAACAAACACGUUAAUCUUGUCAAUUUCUCGUUGUGUCCAGAAAUACUACCUGCUUUAAAUGAAAAAGUUAACUUGCUUGUACCUGAUCGGAUGGACUUGGAAGAUGUGGCGCUACAAUUAUCACGGUUGAGGAUUUUAAAAGGAGGUCACCAAAUGCCCUUGGACUGCGAAGCGAGAUACAAAAUUGCAAUCUUAGUGCCUUAUAGAAAUCGAAUGGAUAACCUCUGCUCGUUCCUUUUAAAUUUACAUCCAUUUUUGACAAAACAAAAAUUGGAUUACACUAUUUUUGUCAUAGAACAGUUCAACGAUGGAAAAUUUAACCGGGGCAAGUUACUGAACAUUGGGUAUACCGAAGCAUUAAAAUUAAACAAUUUUGAUUGUUUCUUUUUACAUGACGUUGAUCUCAUACCAAUGAAUAACAAUAACAUGUAUAGUUGUCCGAUUCAACCAAGACAUAUGGCAACAGCUAAUAAUAAAUAUGGAGGCAGAAUGCCGUACAGCGAUUACUUUGGUGGAGUGGUGGGCAUAAAUCGAACGCAUUUUGAGUUGGUCAACGGAUUCAGUAACAUGUAUUGGGGAUGGGGUGGUGAAGAUGACGACUUUUUGUAUCGGAUCAGUUAUCACAAUCUAAAAUUUACCAGAUUGCCAGGACACAUGGGCCGUUAUUAUGCAUUGUCACACUCCGGACAACUACCCAACCCUGAAAGGAUCGAUCUCCUUCAUAGCAGCUUUUACCGUUUCGAUACGGACGGACUUAACACACUCAAUUAUAAAAUAAAAUCACUGGAGAUAUUACCACUAUUCACGCACUUUCUGGUGGACCUGGACGAAUAGCACAACUGAUAGAAAAUAAUGAAAUGCACUGGUCAUAAAGUCACUUAAAUGUCAUACACACACUCUUCUUCUAUUCAUCGCGUCCUCUUCGAGAUGGACACAAAAUAGCGUAUUUAUGUUAUUUAAUAAAAAAGAAAAACAUUUACAAUAUAAAAUAUGCAUAAUUUAACUAUACCAUAUAAAAUGUUGUAUAUAUUAUUUUCUAUUUGCAAUUUAAUUGUGUAUAAUUUAUCAUAUUGAACAAUCGAUGUUAUCGAUUGACUAAGUACUAAACUAAAAUACAAACAGGUAUUGUGCUUUGCACGCGAACUUGAAUUAAAUGUAUAAAAUGUUGUGCGAUUGUACGUGAUACGAAUUAGAGGUAAAUAAAAAUCAAAAGUAAUUAUUGUUCUAUAAUCAUCCCUUGAUUCGAGGACAAUCAAUUCGCGACCGACGACGACGGAUGUGGCACUAUAAUAUAAAUAAGACAUAAUGUAAUAAUCGUACGUAUAUUAUAGGUACAACAAUGUAUUAAACACUUAUAUUAUUAUUAUUAUUAUUAUUAUGAUUAUAGUAUAUUUUUGUAUAUUAUUCUUAUAAUAAGUAAAACGAAUAGAUGUAAUGAUUCGAAAAAUACUGUUCCACUGGACAAAGGCUGCUACCACAACCAAACAGACGUUUGAAUAAAAUACAUAUAAUAAUAUUAGAUAUUAAAAAUAUUUUCCUAACUUUUUCAUUACUUGUUUUUUUUUUUAUUUUGCAUAUUGUAUUAGAUGUUUUACACUUCUACUCAAAGAUUUCACCAGAUUGCCAUCAGUGUGUAAGUGUGUUAGAUACGUGUAUUUUUUUCAAUAUUUUUUGUUAAAUUUUCAUUAAAUAAAUUACCUAUUUUUUUUA